CCUGAAGGGAAAAUCAUGCCAAAUACCAUUUUUGUAGGAGGAAUAGAUAUACGGAUGGAUGAGACAGAGAUUCGUAACUUCUUUGCACGAUAUGGCACUGUUAAAGAAGUUAAAAUAAUCACGGAUAGAACUGGUGUGUCCAAGGGAUAUGGAUUUGUGUCUUUUUUGGACAAUGUUGAUGUACAAAAAAUUGUGGAAUCGCAAAUAAAUUUCCAUGGGAAGAAACUCAAGCUAGGACCUGCAAUAAGAAAACACCCAAAUAUAUGUGCCUAUCAUGUGCAAUCUAGACCAGUACUUAUUAAUUCACCCACACCUCAGUUCCACAGUGUUUGGAAUAACCAAGAGACGUAUAUGCAGCCUCCAGCUGUGAUGAGCCCUAUAACACAAUAUGUUCAGGCAUAUCCUUACGGCUCUCCAGCAUUACUAAUUCAGCAGCAAGUUCCUGUAGGAUAUCAGCCAACUUACAAUUACCAGGUUCCACCCCAGUGGCCUCCCGGAGAGCCAAGAAAUUACAUUGUACCUCCGGCUUAUACCACAGUUAAUUAUGGUGGUGAAAUGGAUACUGGAAUUGACCAAGCAGAAUAUUCUAUGGCUGAGACAACACAAUCAUGUGUAAACAGUCCACAAAAGAAAUCUGUGGAUCGAAGCAUACAGACUGUGGUGUCUUGUCUGUGUAAUCCUGACAACCGUAUGAGAAACAAUAUUGUAACACAGGAGGACUACCUUAAGGAGAAGAGGGCACAUCAUUUCAGAAGAAGCAGAGCUGUACUUAAAAGUGUUUGA